CGUUAUUCACAAAGCCCGAUUUUCACUGACCUUCCAGCUACGGACUGAUAGGAAUCGAAUGCCUUUGUACUUCUUCCUGGAAAAUUCGAUUCAUUAUUCCUUGUGGGUUCAAAGUUGAUAGAUUGGGUUAGCGGGAGAUAUGGGAAGGUUGUUCUUGAUCAAUCUAGAAGGAAACAUCUACAGCUGCAAGCACUGCCGUACGCAUCUUGCCCUUCUUGAUGAUAUUAUAUCCAAGUCUUUCCAUUGCAGGCAUGGGAAGGCUUACCUAUUUAAUGAAGCUGUGAAUGUCACAGUUGGAGAGAAAGAAGAGCGGAUGAUGAUAACAGGACUGCAUACUGUUGUUGACAUAUUCUGUGUCACAUGUGGGUCCAUUGUUGGAUGGAAAUACGAAGCUGCACAUGAGAAAAGUGAAAAGUACAAAGAAGGAAAGUUCAUUCUUGAAAGGUUUAAGGUUGUUGGCCCUGAUGGCAGCAGAUACUUGCAAGCUCAAGAAACUCAUGUUGCCGGAAGUGAUGGUGAUGACGCUUGAUUUGCUCAUCUUAGGAUCAUUCUAUUUUCACAUUCGAAUU